AUGACAAGCGCGUCAACGCCCGAUUCUUCGCAAAACCGUGUACCAGAUAGUUCCGACGGAGUCUCGUCAAAUGGAAGUUCUAGGCCCGGAAUCGGGAAAGAUGCGAAUCUUAUGCCUCCGGCAAAGACGCUGGUCGGAAGAGCGCUAGGAAAUGACCUGCAUUCCGAUGCCCACAGAGGCUCACAAGCAUCCAAGGAUGGUGUCGGGUUCGCCCUAACUGACACUCCGGUUUCUACCGCACCUUCGUCUCCACAAUUGUAUGUUCCCUUUCACUUUUUCGUUCGCUCGUUGGUUUCUUUAUUUUAUUCUUUGGUGUUCUUUCGGCUUGAUUAUCUUGAGACUAAUGUCCUCGUCAGCAAUGCUAAUAACACUCCAACUACGACCGCCUCGACGCCUGGUCGGGUUCGUGCCACCACACUUGAUAUUCCAGGUCUCACCAAAUCCAAGGUGUCGCCUGACGGUCGGAUUGCUCAACGGGAUGUUGGGUCCAAGCUAGUCAUUGUCAUGGUCGGCCUUCCUGCACGUGGGAAAAGUUAUGUGACCAAGAAAUUGGCUCGCUACUUGAACUGGCUGCAGCAUGACACCGAAAUUUUCAACGUAGGAGAACGUCGUCGCGUCGCUGCUGGCAAGUCCCCCUCGCCUCCUGGAAGGCAUAGGAGUCAUAGAACAAGUUCAAUCCAGAAGGAUCUCGUCGACUCCGUACGACGUUUGAGCGUCAGCGUUGGCGCGGCGAAUCACCUCCGGAAGAAUACAGUCCCCUAUGAGGCCGUAAUAUCACCUCCUGAGGCUCAUGAGCCUGCGGCGUCUCCCCCCGAACUCGAAAACUCACUUCCGCCUCCUGUUGUCCCCACGAAGAUCCUCGUUAACGGUAAGGAGGAAGACCCGUCUCUGGGGCAAAAUGGAAUCACUAUUGUGCCACCAUUUAAUGCGUCACCAGAUGACAACAAGGCUAUGCGAGAAGCAUCCCCUGAACCGCUUGACCAGUCUGCAAGCUUCUUCGACCCCAAAAAUCAGCUGGCCGUGAAGCUUAGAGAGCAGGUAGCCCUGGACACCUUAGACGAAUUGUUGGACUAUAUCCUUGACAGGGGUGGCAGUGUUGGCAUCCUUGACGCAACUAAUAGCACGAUGGAGCGCCGCAAAGCGAUUGUAGAUCAUAUUCGCACGCGUGCUGGUCCUGAGCUCGGUAUCUUGUUCCUGGAGAGCAGCUGUGUGGAUCAAGAGCUACUGGAGGCCAACAUGCGCUUGAAAUUGUCAGGUCCGGACUAUAAGGGCCAGGACCCAGUGAAAGCAUUAGAGGAUUUCAAGAAGCGUGUUCAACUAUACGAGAAAUCCUACGUGCCCCUCGGUGAAUACGAAGAAAGACAUAAUAUGGCUUAUAUCAGGAUGAUCGACGUGGGUCGCAAGGUUGUGUCGCAUCAGACUCACGGUUUUCUCUCAUCUCAAGUCGUCUACUACUUGUUGAACUUCAACCUCUCACCGCGGCAAAUAUGGAUUACCAGGCACGGCGAGAGUAAGGAUAACCAGGCUGGCCGAAUCGGUGGUGACUCAGAACUCAGCGAGAACGGCCAUCGCUAUGGCAACGCACUUGCUCGGUUCAUCGAUCACCAGCGAAACGAGUGGGAAAUGAACCAGAGACAGAAAGAAAUGAUGCAGAAGUUCCCUCCCCGUCCAGGUGAUAGCACUCCGCCCAACCCUUCGUACAUUCCCAGUGACCGGCCACGCAAUUUCUGUGUUUGGUCCUCCAUGAUGCAGCGUGCGAUUUCGACGGUCGAGUCUUUCAAUGAGGAUGAAUACGAUGUCAAACAAAUGAAGAUGCUCGACGAGCUUCAUGCGGGAAAAAUGGAGGGCAUGACAUAUGACGAAAUCCGCGAAAGGUUUCCUGACGAAUACGCGACUCGUAAACGCGACAAGCUGUAUUACAGAUAUCCUGGACCCGGAGGUGAAGGGUAUCUGGAUGUUAUCAACCGACUCAGAGCAGUGAUUGUUGAGGUUGAGCGAAUGACCGAUCAUGUUUUGUUGGUCACUCACCGAGCCGUAGCACGCGUCCUUCUGGCUUACUUUAAGGGCCUCAAAUGCGACGAGGUGACGGAUCUAGAUGUGCCUUUGGGGAUGUUGUAUAUGCUCGAGCCCAAGCCAUACGGGGUUGAGUUCAAAGCAUAUCGCUACAAUCCAAAUACCGACUGGUUUGAUUAUAUUCCCAAUUUCGAACUACGCCAGACUAGCGCUAAUUAGAUCGUACGAUGACUUCCGCUAUGGAUAGAGACGAGAUGUGCUCUCCAUCUUUAGAAGCCUGCACUGAUCACCGCUGUGUCCUUGGAAUUGCUAUGACCUGCUAAUGAAAUGAAUAUCUGACUUUGGCUAUGACUAUGGUGUUACAAUUCGCUGGCCGUCAUUGUGGCUUCGUGGAAUCCUUGAUUAGGUGACAUUCGCCGCUGGUGUUAUGGUUAUUCUGGCGUUGAUAAGUGCAGCCUGUUAUGUAACCAACAUAUGUAAUGUUAGGAAAGAUUUGUUUCCUCUUUCUGUUUAUCUUCUAGUCAUCAGUGUUGUACUUCGCUCCCAGGGACGUAUCCACGAUGGCUGGAUCCCUUACUUGUUUGCUUGUGGCUUAUGGUGGUUUCAUCUGUUUGCGUGGCAUUGCGUUGGCGUUGAGGUCAAGUUACUUCCCAUGGGGCUGUUUUUGCAGAACAUGGAUUCUGUGUGAUUUUAGAAGGAUGUAAUAACAGAGAGUGAUGCCGUGGUCUACAGACUCUCUACGCCCGUGUCUGCUGUUAGACCCCGUUUGGCACGCGAUUCGU